CUACGCCUCGACGGCCGCCUUUGGAGCUGCAGCCUCUCCCACCGCCGCCGCCGCCGCCGGCCUUCAUGGCCUCUGGACGAGGACGGAGGCGCUCCAGUGCAGGGCAGGCCCGGUGGGUAGGCCUUGGGCCUUGGCUUUUGGCCGCCAUUUCCUCCUCCUCCUCCUCGUGCGGAUGCAGCCUUCAAGACCCGAUAUUCUCAAGCUCUCUGCUCCGGUUCUGCAAAGUCUAGCCAUCAGGGUUCAUGGCGUCUGCUGUGCCACCCAAUUUCUCCUGGGUAGCACCAGGCCUGUUGGCAGGGCUGGCCAUGCCGCGGUUGCCUGCACACUACCAGUAUAUGUAUGAGAAUGGUAUCAGGCACCUUGUCUCUCUCACGGAACGUAGCCCACCCUACCAUGAUACCUGCCCUGGCAUUCAAGUCCACCGCCUGCGCAUCGCAGACUUCUGCCCACCCUCGCAUGAACAGAUCCAGGACUUUUUGCAGAUUGUGGAAGAUGCUGGUGCCAAAAAGGAGGCUGUGGCAGUGCAUUGCCUGUUGGGAUUUGGCCGAACUGGAACAAUGCUAGCUUGUUACCUAGUGAAGACCCAAAAAAUUACCGGUGUUGAUGCUAUCCAUGAAAUCCGGAAGCUGCGCCAUGGCUCCAUUGAAACAUAUGACCAGGAAAAAGCUGUUGUCCAGUUCUACCAGCGAAUCAAAUAGCCAGAGGAAUGAACUGACUCUUCUCUUAAGGAGCUCAGAUUUAUCUUUUGUUUUGUUUUUUGCCAUCUGCAAAGUAGUUUAGUACUUUGCUGUUCCUUUUGCUUCAUCCGUGGUUGGUUCUCCCCUUGUUAUUUCUUUCCUUUUUGCACUUAGUGGUCGGGUACGAAACUCUUGUAAGCUCCCUAUUUGCUAGUCAUCUCCCUCGCAGGGACUGUUGGGCUUGCCGCUCUCUUUUGUGUUCAGCGAGAUCAUGUAAUAGCUGUGUGUACAAUUAGACACCUGCUCCUGGCCUUUGUGGAGUGAAUGCAAAUAGUGAAGAGAAAGAGAAACUUAAAAUUUAAUCAAACCAGGAAGACAGGCGAUAGAAGCUACUAAAACUGAACAGAGAAAUGAAAUUUCAGUGAAACUAUAUGCAGAGAGUAUAACAUGGAGGCACAUUACGCAGUAGUUCUUCAGAUUUUUACAUACCACCAGUCUUCUGGAAAACUUCUUAACAAAUCUCUCUCUCUGUACACUGCCAUAUGAAAAGGGAAUUCAUCGUAUGUUCACAAGUCAGAGCUGGAUUCAUCAGGAAAGUGCCAGAGCUCAGAAAUUUAAAGGUUGUCUGAAUCACCUGCUAUCUUCCCUUCAAAUCGCUCUUCUUACUUUUAUCUAAUAUAAAUGCUUAUGAAUAUUUAGUGGUGGCAAGGCAGGGAAGGCCUCCCCAAUGUUAAGAGAAGAGCUGAGCAAACUGUGGGUCCAGGGGCCAUUUUUCCUGUCUUGGGACCAUUGGGGGCUGUAUCAUCUGCCCAUAACAAUACUCUUAAGACGGCUUCUGAUUCUGUAAUGGUGCUUGGGAUAGGAACAAGAUACAUGUACAUGUAUGGCUGCACCUUGUUCUAAAAUAUAAAGUCUACUUCCAAAGGCA